ACCCUCGUGGUCACAGGGAAUAUAGGGCCUCGAAUAUAUCUACAAUUCAUUCGAAAAGGCGGAGGAAAUGGCUGUGUACAACCACUCGUUUGUGUUCGAAUUCGAACAACAAUAUGACCGGGUCUCUUUUAGAGAGUACAUGCAGCGACAUUGGCGCGACAGCUUCAUUUAUUCAGCUGUCUAUGUCCUUGUUGUGUUUUCUGGAAAGAAAUGGAUGGAGAAUCGACCUCGUUACGAGUUGAGGCCCUACCUUGCCCUUUGGAGUGCGCUUCUGGGUGUAUUUAGUAUAUUUGGGGCAGUAAGAACAGUUCCAGAACUGGUUUCCUCCGUGAGAGACUAUGGGAUGGAGUAUUCGCUAUGCAACCCGGUGUACCUUGAGGGCGUGACCGGGUUCUGGUGUUGCAUGUUUGCAGUUUCGAAAGUGUACGAACUUGGAGACACUAUUUUUAUCGUUCUACGUAAGCAACAACUAAUAUUCUUGCACUGGUACCAUCACAUCACUGUUUUAAUUUAUGUAUGGUAUAUGUACCCAGCAAAUCUGGGAUUUGGAAGAUGGUUUAUGGGAAUGAACUACACCGUGCAUUCCAUUAUGUACACUUAUUACGCAGUACGAGCGAUGAAAUUCCAAGUCCCCAAGUUUGUCAGCAUGAUCAUUACGAUUCUUCAAUUGAGCCAAAUGAUAGCCGGUUUCGUCGUCACAUAUAUGACCUACCUGCUGAAUCUAAAGGGUAUUAAAUGUAGCCUCAAUGACCAGCCGAUCAAGUAUGGAAUGAUAAUGUAUGGAACAUAUUUCAUUCUCUUUGCUCACUUCUUUUAUUCAACUUAUAUUGCUGAGAAGCCCAGAUUACACACUUCUGAAAUAACAGAUGGAAAGAAAAUGAGUUGAUGGUCCUGCAGAUAUAUGUUAUUCCAUUUCGUUUACUCAAAAUUCAGACUUCGUACCACACAUGUUGAACUAGAAUUUUCAGUAACAUUUGCAAUACAAUAACUCGUGUUAAAAAUUGUGUAAACAUUCAUUUGGAGCAGCAGCAGGUUGGAAGUCCCAGGCGCGUUCAUUACUGGAACAGGGACCUAAAGCAUCUAAACCAAUCAACCAGCAUUAGCGACACUGUCGUUUGUGGCUGUGAAUAGUGGUUGUAGUGGUUACCCAGGAAUGUUUGUUUAUAUUUGUGCUGGCAACCAAGAUGUUUGACAAGUACAAGGUCCCUUAAUAGAAAUGUGCAACUUUAGAAAUAAUAUUUUGGACACUAUAAAAAGAGAUAAGUCUGCAGAAAUUCAAAAUACUUUGAAAUCCAGAAAACUCAAAACUUGAUUAUGCAAGGAGGAAUAUCAGAAACACUUGUGUUAUUGAUAAUUAUUUGUAAUACUUAUAUACGGAUAGAUGUAGCUUAUUUUUUAUUUCGAUAUUGAACUGAUUUUAGUUAUUGUUACAAUCGAGAUCCUUAUUUAAUUUCUUCUUGUGUGUAAAAGGCUUAUAUUGUUGCAUUCUUCCAUUUUUUUAAUCAACUAUUAUAUGUUGGUGUUUUUUUAAACAUGGUACUAUUGUGGUCUACUUUCCUGUUUGUUUGAAGGGGCAUGCUGAGCAUCCUGUAAAUACCAAUGAACUUUGAUAAAAGCUAUGUACAUUCAAGAAUAUUUGCUUGGAUAAUGGUUUCGGUUGUGAAGAUAAGAAAACUACUAAAUGCACAUUAUUAUAUUGUUCAUUCUGCAGUUCACAUAAUGUUUCCACCAUUUUAAUUGCUUUAAAAAUAUAUGGAAUAUCAAUCUGUAAUUUAGGCUAAGAUCCAUUACAAACAACUUGAAAAAUAUCAUCUGCUUCUUGAAAUAUUUUAUCACAUCAAAUAUAUCAAAAGAAAGCAAGAGCAAAUCACUGAAUUGAAACCCUGCAUAAAUGUAUUUUUAUAUCAAACAUGACACCUUAUACAUUGCAUGCACAUCUUAUAAAAGCUUGGAAAACAUCCCAAUUUGACUCGGCAUUAUUGGAGUAGUGUAAUGUUAUACUGCAUAGAGUAGUUACCAUGUGACUGAAAGGUACAUCAUGACAUACAGACUGGUACAUGUAUCUAGUAAUCAAUAUAUUGGUGCUCUAGCUAUGAGACACUGCAGCAUGGUACAUAUACUUAGUCUCACUCUGAUCUUGUUUGAGCCGUAUGAGUAGAUUUGGUCCUGUGUGCCAAUACAGUAGCAUAAGGUAAUGGAAUUGAUACGUGAUUGAUUUUCUGAAAUAUUUUCAUCUUUAUAUUUCUUUGAUAUUUUCAAUUUUUACUGCUUGCCUGCAGAUUCAUGCUUUAUACUUGCCUGCUUGGUUCCAUGUGUUUACUACAUUUAUUUAUUUGGAGUUUCAAUGGGGUUUUUUAAUACUGCUGAAGCUUACAUUUAUUUUAUGGACCAAAUUUUUCUACCAAUAAACCUCUGUUCAACAAGCAGUUACAGAAACAAGACUAUUUAAAUAAUUCAUUAGAUUUAAGUUUAUCAGCGUUAUCAAGGAUCAUGUGGCGAGACCUUGAAGUAUGACCAUUAGUUACUGACCUACUUUAUUAUCAGGAUAGUUUGGGUGAGUGCACUAUACCCUACAUGUGAUAUAAGUAUUUCAAUAUUUAUUCUACAUGUAUAUAAAACAUGACAAUAACAAUAGUGUGGAUGUUCACAUUAUUGUUGAAUUUCUUUAGAAAGUAUCGGUUUAUUUGUGACUACAUAGUCCAUAGUGGACAUGUUCUUAAGCACUUACUGAUCAGCAGUAUAAAAAUACCCUAGUAAAUUCUAAAUUAAAAUUGCAUUUAGUGCCUGUGUCACUUAUUGUAUGAAACUUUUUUAUUGUAAAAUUCAUGCGACCAGUGUCACUCAGAUAAAAAAAAUCAUGUAUUUUGGAUUGAUGUAUUAAAAUUACAAAGCCUCAGAUAUAAUUAUAGGACAUGAAUGAUUUACAGAAUAAAUGUAUCUAAUCAUAAAAAGGGAUUGAACUUAGUAGAAAUCAAAGCAGAAGUGAAAGUUGUCUCAUGUGCCUGUAGAUAUUUAGUUUUGGUAUUGUAUUUCAAAAUACCUAGCACAGGUCGUUUAUGUUGACUAGGCUAUUAAUAGCAGUGUUUGUGUUUCGGUUUCCUUAACGCUACCCUGACCCACAUGACCCGCUUAUUGAUCCAAAGGUCUAUGUAGUGGCAGUGGUGGGUCUGGAUAUAUUAAUGAUCACUAUGUACAUAUGUCCACGUAAAGGCCUGUAAUUGACCAGUCAGAAGCUGUGAAAACUAAAGGAAAAUGUAAAAA